AUGUCUGGCACAGCAAGUUUAGUGCACCCGUUACCUGCUAGCGGAGAUUCAAAUCAUCGAGGAUUGCACAGCUUAAAACCAUCUCGAAGGACUGCUGACAAUGAGCCACUUUUACGCUUCCGUGAAGCCAAAAAAGUUCUCGGGGAUAUUUACGGAGAACUCAGGGACAAUGUCGCAGAACUCGAGGGAGUUUAUAACGAUAUUAAAGAUAAGGAUAUUGUGAAAAGUGAACAGCUAGAUGAGAUUGAAGCAAUACGCGAAUCGAUAAAAACCAUAAUGGAAACGUUUCAAAGAGAUAAUAUGAAAGUUGUAUUUUUUGGAAGGACGAGUAAUGGUAAAAGUACAACAAUUAAUGCGAUGUUGCAUGAAAAGGUUCUUCCACAAGGAAUGGGACACACAACGUGUUGUUUUUUACAAGUUGAAGGUUGCGAUGAGGACGAAGGAUACUUGCAGCUUGACGAUAAUCCGCAACGAAUGAAAAUGUCUAGCCUCAGUAAAAUUGGCCACGCGCUCAGCGAUGAAAAUUCGGACCUUCCCGCGAUGGGACAAGACUCGUUGAUUCGAGUUUUCCAUCCGAAACAGGGUCCGAAUAGUGAGAAUCGCUUACUACAAAAUGACGUUGUUAUACUGGAUAGUCCUGGCGUCGAUCUUUCUCCUGAGUUCGAUAGUUGGAUCGACAAGCAUUGCCUCGAUGCCGACGUUUUUGUAUUGGUGUCGAACGCCGAAUCAACUCUGACACAGGCGGAAAAGAACUUUUUUCUUCGUGUUGCUAAAAAGCUUAGCAAACCGAACGUUUUCAUUCUCAAUAAUCGCUGGGAUGCUAGCGCUUCAGAAACUGACAAUAUUGAUGAUGUAAAAAAGCAGCAUAUGACGCGAUUCCGCCAAUUUCUUGUCGAUGAAUUGGAAGUGUGCAGUGAGCGCGAAGUCAACGAUCGUAUAUUUUUUGUGUCGUCUCGCGAAGUUUUGGAAGCUCGCCUAAAAGCGCGAGGAAUUGUUCAAAAGGCCUAUCAGGCUGAAGGUCAUGCGACAAGAGCGAUGGAAUUUGCGAAUUUCGAGAAGCACUUCGAGCAGUGCAUUUCAAAAUCCGCUAUUCAUACGAAAUUUGAAGCGCAUAAUCGACGUGCUCACGAAAUGGUUGGAAAAAUCCGGCUCAAUUUGAAUAGUGUAUUGACAUCUGCUGCGGAAGGAAGAAGUAAUUUGCAGAAUAAACUAAACGAAAGUACGAACAUUUUCAACGAAUGUCGUGUGAAUUUCGCGCAAUUUGAAAAGGCGUAUCGUGAUCAGACGGAACGCCUUCGAUCCGAAGUUCAUUUAAAAGUGUCGGCCGACUUUUUCGAAGAAAUAUCGCGACUUGAUGCGAUUAUUGAUCGAUUCGAUGAACCAUUUGAUGGAUCGUCUGGCGGAAUUGCGAAAUAUAAACAAGAUCUUGCCGUUUUCGUCGAUAAAUGUCUCAGUAGUGACCUUGAGGCGAGAUGCACCGGUGGAUUGAUGUCGAGAAUUUGGAAUUUGGAGAAUGACAUGUUUCAAUAUGUCACAAAAAUACUCGCGGAACCUUAUCAGAACAAACUUGAAGAAGUUUGGAGAUAUCGGGCGCCGUUCAAGUUUAGCAUUUGUGUUGAUGUUCCGGCGCUUGUCAGUGAUUUCCACGAAGAUUUGGAAUUCCGAUUCACAUUUGGACUUCAAUCAAUUAUUCGAAGGAUAAUUGCUUAUAGAAGUGGGCAGCCGAUAACUGCUAUUAAUUCUAAUUUGCUUACCCCAUUGUCAUUGAAAAAUGCGAAAGCGAAUGCAGUUCGAGAUGACGGCGCUGUUGUAGCUGCUGAAGAGCAAGCGAUGAUGACACAAAUGGUGUUGACGUCGGCAGCUUUUCUUGCGAAUGGUUCGCUUGGUGUUCUUGUUGUUGGCGGAAUUGUCUACAAGGCUGUUGGAUGGAGGGUCAUUGCAAUUGGUGGAGCUGCAUACGCUGGAUUAUACGUGUGGGAGCGAAUGCGAUGGAACUCGAGCGCAAAAGAGCAACAUUUAAAGGAGCAAUUCAGAUCACAUUUGGCUGCUAGAAUGCAGCAUGUCGCGUCGGCUCACACGACCCAUUGCGAAACGCAAGUUAUAAGAGAAAUGGACCAAGUUUUCGAUGGGCUUCGCACGACAGUUGGAGGUGUUCAUCGCGAAAUGAAGGCGGACUUGGACGAGCAAAAGAAAGUCAUUGAGGAAGUGGAUAGCACUAUUAGGACUUUAGGAACUAUCAAGGGCAAAGCGGUGUUCCUUCUACGGAAUUUGGAGCAAUUUGCCUCGUCGUACCUUCGCUCAGACUCACCGUCAUCACCAUAG